CCACAUUUGCCAGUAUAUCUCUAACAUAUAGAACGUUAAUGUCACCGUAAGACCAUAAUUGUAUCCAUCUGAAAGUAUAGUUUCGGUCUGUAUUGUUGAGAUUGUUGUGAGCUCAUAGAUUAAAACAGCGGAUCUAUUAUUUUUACUGCAUCGUCAGUAUGGUUGUCUCAUACAAUACAACGCUCCCAUCAGACGAGGAGUUGACUACGCAGGAGAUAACUGUUAGCUAUCCGUUCCUGCAGGCAGCAUCCUUUUACAUUGGGAAGAAAUGUGAAUGGGAUAACAAUGAGUUUAUGUUAUGCAAACAAGAAACUAAGGAUGCGCGGAAAUGUAUUCAGGAAGGAAGAAAAGUAACUGCCUGUGCAUUAGAAGUAUUUCGAGGUAUCAAAAAUCAUUGCGAGAAGGAGUUUAAUCAGUACGUGGAUUGUAUUGAACGAUCCUCUGGUUCAAUGGAAUUCUCUCCAUGUCGCAAAACUCAGGCCAUUAUAGAUCAUUGCGUUCUGAAGAAUCUGGAAAUAGAACGACCACCCUUUGGAUACUUCUGUGAAGCUCGAGUUCACAAAACAUUAAGACCAAAGCCAGAGGAGCCUAAGGAUGAAUUUGUUCUCUAUAAAAGUCCGCCUGCCGACCCUAAACGCACGGAUCCUUUCCUAUUAAAACACAAUAUGAGAGGCCAAAUGUUUCCAUAGUGUAGUUGCAAAAUGUUUAUAGUCGUUACUGUAUAUGCUGGAAACUUACUGGUUUCUUGUAUGACCAGAAAUGGAUACAAAUAUAUGUAAUUUAUUCGUUGGAAGCUAUAUAUUGCUGAGCAGAAAUAAACAUAAAUCAUCAUGAAGAAUAAGUUCUGCUUUACUGGUCGCAAGAUGAAAGAUUGUAUUUAUGAAAAAAGUAUUGUUCACAGGUGGUUGGACAAUGAUCUACAAAUAAGAAUUCUUUCAGGGAAGAUA